AAUCAGCUUACUGUGAGAGCUGAAGAUUUCAGUAAUAAAUCAAAAUGUAGUUUAUCUGGAGCUUCCUUUUAUAAAUUAAGAACACUUGAUUUUAAAAAUAGCUACAAGUUACAAAUUUCAGCAUCCUAUCCCAUGUUUUCAAGUGCUGCCCCAAAACACAUGAAUUUAUCAAAGUUUCCAGUUAUGUUAAAACUACACUCACAAAUAUGUUGAUACUUACAAAUAAAACCUGUUUGCUAAGUCCACAAUCCUAUGCACACUUACCUUGGAAUUAUGUCCCACUGACUUCAAAGGGGCCUUGCUUCUGAGUAGGCACAUGUCAGACUGUACUGAAGGAUCGAAAUCCUAUGCACACUUCAAAGGACUUAAUCCAUAUCAUCAUCAUGCAUAGGAUGAAAUUAAAGAGUAUAAAGAAGUAAAAAUGUAAUACUGCUAUUACAGUGAACUUGAACAGCAUCCCACAGAAAUGCUGUGUGUUAUAUGGGUGACUGAAUUCACUGGAAUUAAUUUCCAUUUUUGCUUUCUUCUGAUUAAUUCCCUAACAUCUAUGCCACCAUGCAAAUCGUUUGCUUUUAGCUUAUUCAAACAUCAGAUGAUGGUCUUAAGAGUGAGGCUGAGGAUAUCUGAGGUAAGCAGCAUUAAGACAAUGUAGAUUGUACUAAGCUCAGAGGCAAGGGUUUUGUUUGGGGGGGGGUGUUCAUAAAUAGAUGUAAAAGAUGGUGGUCAAAGUAGUUCGUUGAAAAUUAAAUGGAUAUGGUAUUUUCCCUCCAAGCUGUCCUGAUGUAGUCCCCUCCCCCGUCCAACCUUUCCUCCACCCCAGGUGCUUUACAAAACACAACAGAAGCCAUCAUCACCUUCCUGCAAUUUUUAUUCCCUGCCCUAUUUGGAACCAGGUAGAACCGGAAGAACACCACCCAAUAACAUCUCAGCAACGAUAUGCACAAAUGUUACGAAAAUGCUUAGGAAACAGUAGCUCAGUAUCUUAGUACAGCUGGCUCAGUCCAGCAAUAAUGCCAUUAAAGCUAGGUAAACUAAGUGCCAGUGCUCUUUGAUUGAGUUAACAAAGUAGCGCAUACAGAUCUAUGAACAGGGAUAGGGAUCAGACUGUUUCUCAAAGAUGGUUCCAAUUUUGUCCUAAACACAAAUAAGCAAAUCAAAAAUGCCAGCAUGUGAUCUCUCUGCACAUUAUUCUUUAGCCUGCACUGCACGUUGCAAUUUAUUUUGGAACCUAAAUUAUAGACAGAAUCCUACCUUCAUUUUAACUGUGAGCGCUAACAUGGUUAACGCUUUGAUAGAUCUUCACAUUCUGACAUAUUUAAAGAGGCCAUAUAAAUGUACAUGCCAAAUUACCCAUGCAGUGCAUAUGAAUCUGAUUUGUGUUCACUUUCAAAGCAAGCAUUCCCAUUGAUUGCUGAAAUCUGUUUACAGAAAUCCAUUUUUGAACAAGAAUUAAGCAUGCCAGUUUUGCAUAUUGCAUCAAGUAUAUAACCAUUUAACAUUAGCUAUCACAACCAAUAUCAAAUAUCCCAUACUCCGCAUCUUUCCUAUCUCCAUUGUAAAAUGUGCAAGUCACAAUAUGCAGAUGGCAGGUUCUCUAUGAAACAGAAAAAGCUGACAUAUAAUUGCACUCAAUGUUCAUUACAUAAAGCUGCCAACUAGCCUUGGGAGCACAUAACAUAGACAGACAUGAUUUAAGGUUUGCAAAGGAAUCCCCAGACUAACACUUCGGUGACAGCCAAUUACAGCCCCAAAAACACAGCCCCAGUAAGCACUCUGCUGGUAGAACUUGAAGAAAGGUAAAGUUUCUUACAAUGAGUUACAGAUUCAAAAGCAGAGGAAGACAAGAAGAAAAAGAAAAACAGAAGGAAUUCAGCUACCAGGCAAAUGUGAAGCAGACCCCAAGAUUGUGAUAUAAUCCAAAGAUGUAAAUUAUUGUAAAUCAUCACUAUUGUUCAGAAUUUCACACAGACAUUUGUGCCAAUUCUGGUAUACUUCUCAACAGACACAAUAAGGAAACAGGGAAGGUGGGGGAAGAAAGAGGGAGAGGGAGAGGGAGAGGCAGGGAAACUCAGGGAGUAUAAAUGAAGUUCUGCUGUCCAUAUGCUUUAAGGCACAGGAGUUUAGACUUUUUCAGCAUUCUGUAUGCUCUCCAAAUCCUCAUGAGUCACAAAAUUUAAAAAGCUGUACCCUUCUGGAUGCCAGGAAGGGCCUUACCACGGGCCUUUUGUCAAACUUAAAAAGGGGGAGGAAAGGAAAAGCCACAGUGUUGGGCAGUCCCACUUUACUUGACUACUAUGAUGUCACAAACCACAUGAUUCUGUCUCUCCAGUAACAGUGCUUGCAAAAAAAGGGAGUUUUAAAAGCUUUUGCUUUUUUGGAUUGUGUGAAUGCUUCAUUCGCCUCACAAACAACCACAGAACCACAAGUGCGGUGCAAACUUUCUCCAAAAGAACACAGCAAGAAGCCUUUGGUUUGUAAAUGGUUAAUCUCAACAGGUCACCAGCAGCCACCGACACCAACAAAGUCAUAUAAGGCAGUCUUUGCACCAGAAGACACACACGGUGACAGAAGGGGAGAGUUAUGGCAUCGAACAGUCUCUUCAGCUCAGUAACACCUUGUCAACAAAACUUCUUCUGGGAUCCCAGCACCAGCCGGAGGUUCAGCCCCCCUUCCAGCAGCCUGCAGCCCGGGAAGAUGAGCGAAGUGAGCCCGGCGGUAGCCGCAGCCCAACAGCAGCAGCAGCAGCAGCAGCAGCAACACCAGGAGGCAGCGGCGGUCGCGGCAGCCGCCGCCGUGGUGCCCCGGCUUCGCCCGCACGAUAACCGCACUAUGGUGGAGAUCAUCGCCGACCACCCGGCGGAGCUGGUCCGCACCGACAGCCCCAACUUCCUGUGCUCCGUGCUGCCCUCGCACUGGCGCUGCAACAAGACCCUCCCGGUGGCGUUCAAGGUGGUGGCUUUAGGAGAAGUUCCCGAUGGGACAGUGGUCACAGUCAUGGCUGGGAAUGAUGAAAAUUAUUCUGCAGAGCUGAGGAACGCCUCCGCUGUAAUGAAGAAUCAAGUGGCACGAUUUAAUGACCUGAGAUUUGUGGGCAGAAGUGGAAGAGGGAAGAGCUUUACCUUGACAAUAACAGUCCUUACAAAUCCCCCCCAAGUUGCUACAUACCACAGAGCUAUAAAGGUGACGGUGGAUGGACCAAGAGAACCAAGGAGGCACAGACAGAAGCUUGAUGACUCUAAGCCUAGUUUGUUCUCUGAGCGUCUCAGUGAUUUAGGGCGCAUUCCUCAUCCCAGUAUGAGAGUAGGGGUCCCGACUCAGAGCCCACGGCCCCCUCUGAACUCUGCACCAAGCCCUUUUAAUCCACAAGGACAGAGUCAGAUUACAGACCCCAGACAAGCACAGUCAUCCCCUCCAUGGUCCUAUGACCAGUCUUACCCAUCAUACUUGAGCCAGAUGACUUCACCAUCCAUUCAUUCCACAACUCCCCUGUCCUCCACACGAGGCACGGGUCUUCCUGCCAUCACCGAUGUGCCCAGGCGGCUCUCAGGUGCUUCAGAGCUGGGCCCAUUUUCAGAUCCCAGGCAGUUUACAAGCAUUUCAUCCCUCACUGAGAGCCGCUUCUCCAACCCACGAAUGCACUAUCCAGCCACCUUUACUUAUACACCGCCAGUCACCUCAGGCAUGUCAUUGGGUAUGUCAGCCACCACUCAUUACCACACCUACUUGCCACCACCUUACCCAGGCUCUUCCCAAAACCAAAGUGGACCAUUCCAGACCAGCAGCACUCCAUAUCUCUACUACGGCACAUCGUCAGGAUCAUACCAGUUUCCCAUGGUGCCAGGGGGAGACCGCUCCCCUUCCAGAAUGCUUCCUCCCUGUACCACAUCCAAUGGCAGCACAUUAUUAAACCCUAACUUGCCUAACCAGAAUGAUGGUGUGGAGGCUGAUGGAAGCCACAGCAGCUCCCCAACAGUCUUGAAUUCUAGUGGCAGAAUGGAUGAGUCUGUUUGGAGGCCAUACUGAAAUUUUGUCCACGUGGCCUAGUCUGUGAGCCAAAAACAAACAACUGUCCGCUAAUUAUAAAGUGCCUGGGUUUCUUAAAAAAUAGAUUCUGUUGAUAUGCACAACUGUGUAGCUGAGAUGUUAACAGCUAAUUAUACACAAAGAGCAUGAGAAUGACCUUCUGUAUCAUGGUUCCACUCAGUGUGGAUCAUUUUAUUUUCCUAUUGGGAACAUUUGCCAGAGUUUUAUAAUAAUUCUAACAUAUACACAAAGAUACCCAUUCUGUCCAGACUCUUACAUUAAAAAAAAUUAGGGAGUUCUUUUGCCAAGGGAGGAGAAAUGGACUCCGGCCAAUUAUCAAGACAAUUUAUUCUGCUUUGUUUUUCAAAAUAAUUAUUAAAAAACCCUUGAACUUCAAUACAAGGUACAGUUGCAAUCAUACAAUAUACAAGACCCCUUUACGUGCUCAGUACAAUUCACUACUUGUGUUUGUGCAUAUAGAAAAACAUGUCAUAUGUACCAGCUCACAGUAAAUCUUCAGCCAUCUUAUCCAAGCCUUGCUGCAGACAAAAGAUAGAACUUUUAAGAUGCAUGGCUUAUUUUGUGCCGAAAGACCAUCCUACAAGGUAUCAUGGCAACCUUGUUUGUUUUGUGUUAUGCAUUUAUGUGAUUAUUUUUGCCUUAGUCAAGUUAACCAAAACUACAUAUUAUAUAUAUAUAAAUAUAUAUAUAUGGGGGGAACCCCUAAAACAAAAUAAAAACAAAAACUAAUUUCUUAUGCAAAGAAACAAACAAUAACGGCAAUAUAUCUUACUCCAACCAAAACAGUGUCAUUAGGAUGUGUGUUUGGCUAUCUUGUUUAAUUUUAUUAAGUUAUAAAUAUGUAAAAAUUGAGGGUUGGGGGAUUGCAAAAAUGAAUUGUCAUAUUUUAAGGAAUAUUUAUAAUUAUUUAAUGAUAUUUGGUCCCUUUAAAGUUUUCUUAAUGUAAUGAUAUGAUGACUUUGGUCUCUAAAAAUGUUGGUUGUUUUUAAAUAGUGGCAGCCUUUGAGUGGUGCAAAAUCCAAAGGCCGCGCUUGAGUUCUGAAAAGUAGUUCCAGUAUAAACCAGCUGCAGUGUGAUUAAAAAAAAGAAGCAAAAUAACACAUGCUCCUCUCAAAGGAAUUUAGUUAUAGCACAUUGUUUUAAUUUAUGAAGGAAAUACUGUUUUAAAUGUUAUUGGAUAUUUGGUUGCCUUUUAAAUCAAACUGGAAAGAGAAGUAGAAUGAGUGAAAAUGUUUUUGAUGCGUUUGUUUUUAUUUCCUCCAGUUUUAAUGGGUGGGAUUCAGAGUUCCACAAGUGGUGUUCUGCUCACAUACAGGGUUUUCCGUCUCUGCCCUCCCUCUCCCUGGGAGCCCUCUGCACUCCGAAAGCACUCCUUCUCUAAGAUUGGGAGGCCCUCUGGAAGGGUGUCCUAUCAGGUGGGAAGGACUGCUACCAGCAGGAAAUAGUGCCCUGACCCGUGUCAAUGCAGAAGCAAAUUCUUCUCAUAUACUGGUGUGCUGAAACCUCAGCCAGUGAAAUCCCAGUGUUCCUUGAGGUUUUAUAAAAGCAGUGAAAUGCCUUUUAAUUCACAAGGAAAGAAAAUAAAAGUUAAGAAAAGGGGGCUUAAGAGAAAGUUGUUGAAAAUGUCAAAUAAAAUAUUUAUUGUCCCCUUGCAUAAAAUUAAUUGAUUACUCAUCCUAUAGGUCUUGUAUAGCAUCAGAUUACUUACCUAGUAAUGAUGCGUUCUGAUUUCUUUUUUUUAAAAGAAUCUUUCCAGAAGAUAUGGUAACCAUUGUGUUAUAAAGGAAUAAGCACAAGUGAUGUACAGAUCUACCUUCCGCAGGCCAAUAUUCAGCAAUAUGUAAUGCUUCAAGCUUGAAUACAGAAGACGAAGGUCCUCUUAAGGUCACACACUUCAUUCUUAAUUGUUGUACAUGAAUAAACCUGGGAUUCCUAAUCUUAUCUGCAACUUUCAAACUUUAUAUUGCCAGGAUGGCAAUCCAGAUUAGGUGUUUGUCAAGUGCCUGAAAUCCCAAGACAUCUGACGUCUUUGAUGAUUCUCCCCCAGACUUCUGGGGCAGUGCGCUCACUUGGCACAUUAGACUGAAAUCCAGCCACCUGCCUCUCUUCAGCGGAUUAAUGCACAUGCUUUAAGCAGGACAUAGGGAUGUGGAUGCAAUUUAAGCUGUAGCAUGACUCCUUCCGGGGGUUGUUCGGGCUCCCCAGAGUGCAUUGUCCCUCAGGUCUUCUCCAUAUCCUCAUUUGCACUGCUUUUAGCCUCAACUGCAUGUGGCAAACUAUUUUCUUUGGACUGCAGUGCUGCUAAAACUAAUGAUAACUAUGAGCUACAUUUAGGCCACCCUGACAAUAAGAAUGGCAACAUAUUUACAAAGAAUAAUUAUGUAAUUGGAUAGUGUCAGCCUCCUCAUCUGCUGAUUAUAACAUCAGUCCAGCAGAGAGAUCCCACAUUUCUGCAAUUUAAUAUGAUUAAUUUGCUCUUUAGGAAAUGUAUUUGCCUUCUGAAGAUAAGUCCCCUUUUUGUAAGUAAGAGACACUUUCCUGGUGUGUAGUUUUCCUUCAAAGAUGGAAGCUGUUAUCCUAUUUAUUGUUUGUGGUAGCUUGAAGCAUACCCUUGUCCAUUUAUUUGUAUCUGUAAGAUAAGUUUGUUCACUUCAGCAGCCAGUGUCUGGUUACACAUUUCAAAUUUUUGGAACUUUGUUGUUGUUUAUUAAACAAGAAAAAUGACUUGCUAGUGCAAAAGCGGUUGUGUAUUUAAUAAAAGGUACUAUAUUUGUACAUUAUUUUUUAUUGCUGAAAGGGCUUUUGAAAGAUAUACUAUAUGCAUCUUAAGUAAUUUUGUAGGAAUAUUUUUGUGUUGUUACAGGGGCUGCAGGCAGCAACCCAAAUACAUUAAAGAGAAACAAGAAAAAUGUUCUUGUACAGUUAAAAUACUGCUUUAUGUGACUGGAUAUAAUCCAGCAUAGAUCAUUUUUCUGUUUUGUUCUGUACCUACCAUAAUCUUUCUGUAUUGUCAUAUUUUAAAACUGGACCAUUUGAUAUUAAAUCUCCAAAUCGCUCGCGUGCAGUUUUGUUUGUCCUCAGACAUGUCCAGUUCAUGCCGUUACUGUGACUGCACAGAUCCCCAUGAUCUCAUCGUCUGCAUUUGAAUUAGCCAUGAUGGAAGGGUUGGCAAGAAAGACCAUUCGUAAGCACAUUUGAUAAGCACAAGGCCCUUCACUGUUGUCUCUCAUGUAUUCCUAUAGUGUGUUUUUCUUCUCUUAGACACGAGUUCUCAGCAGGCAACUUCAUGCAGACUUGCAUGGUGCCUGAUCCAUUGAUGACACGAUAGAAGUAAAUAAGUCAGUUCAAACUGACAUGUGCUUCAAACUCUGCACUUAUUCAGAACUGACAGUGAUUAUAAAAAUACUCAUGUAUAGCACAUAUCUUAAUUCCAGCCCUGUCCUUCAAAGUACAUUUUAUUUUGAUUCAGGAAGGGAAUGUAUGAAGAUAGCAAUAUGCAUUCACAUCAUGGGCUGAGGUUAAUAUUUGAAGGAUAAGAGUUGCAUCUUUGACAAGAGGAAAUAUAGGUCCAGAUUGUGAAAUCACAGAUAUGAAACUGCAUGUGCAAAUCUGUUUUCCAAAAUGGCACCGGAGUCCUGUAUAGAGGGGAUAAAAAAAGCCUGGCCAUGGAUGAAGUUGCUCAAGGGAUUGGCAUCAUAGGGAUGGUGAGCUGGGGCCCACCAUCUGCAGAACCUUUUAAGAGAACCCAUCUGUGAGUGCGCUUCAUUUAAUCAUGAGCUGCUGGGCAGGAGUCCCCUGAGCUUCACUUCUUCCACUUCUCCAUGCCUUGUCAAAAGGGGGAUGUUUUGCACUGUCGAGUUUACUAGAAUUCAGCUCCAUGUUAUUGCUGGAGCCUGCCAUCCAAGUCCUGGUGAAGUAACAUAUGAGAAGUCCGAGAAAAGCCAUGAACAAAAGCAAUAAUUUUAACCUGAACAAAUCAAGACUAGAGGUCAACGAAAACUCUAAUCUCUUAAAAAUCUCUGCAAUACAUUUCAGCAUGUUCUUCUACCUGACAUGUUAACAGUUUGUUUAGUUGCAACACUUUUAAAUAGAUCAGCCAGAAAUCAUGUUUUUGCAGUAAUUUUUAUUUCAUAGGUACACUAAGCAACAUUUCACAUUUUUUGUUUAAAUAUGCUUUACCGUUCUUGACUUUCUGCUGGAACAAAAUAUUUGUAGCAUUUCCUGUAAAUACAAGCUUUAUUUUCUUUCAUUUUUUCCCAAUUGCUGUUGCCCAAGAUUUUCUUUUCAUGCACAUAUUGUACAAACACAUUCUUCUUUGUGCCGCAGACAGCGAUUGUGGAAGGGUUUACUUUAUCUUCAAAGGGACUAUUUGUAUUGUAUGUUGCAACUGUAAAUUGAAUUUAUUUGACAUUCUCUCAUGAUUGUAAUAUUAAUUUUGAGGUUUCAAUCUCAUUUUCAAUAAAAUGGCUUUUUUGUUA